UAUAUCAUCAAGACCAAUUUUGGAAAAAUCUAAUUAGUAACUAUAUGAAAAUUUGUCGCAAAACUGCGUCUUAUUUACAUCCAGCGAUGUUAAAUAAUAUUAGAAGAAAUAUUUUGAAAAAAAAUGAACUCAAACGAUGUAUAAGCAGUAUUUCUCAACAAGAUGAUAGUACCGGUGCAAGUAUUCUUUUUAAUAAAAAUGAGUCUGUUCCAAAUACCAGUAGAGUUGUCAUUUGCGGAUCAGGCAUUAUAGGAUGUUCUAUCGCGUAUCAUUUAUCAAAAGUGAAAGGUUUUGGGCAAAUUGUAUGUGUUGAUAUGGGGCAGAUAGCAGAAACUAGCCCAGGUUCCAUCAAUAGUGGUAUAAUAGGUGUAACAAAAUUAUCUUCCUCUGAGUCACGAUUUGCACAACAAUCCAUGAAAGUUCUGAAUGAAUUACAAGCUUUGGGAUAUGACACUGGACUAAAAAAAUGUGGAGCCUUAAAUUUAGCUAGAAAAAAAGAUAGAAUGACGGAAUUCAGAAAAAUAAAAACACAAAGCAUGAGUAAGGGCAUCACUUGUCGUCUGUUACGUCCAGAUGAAUGUGCAGAUAUGUGUCCAUUUUUAGAAGUAUCUGAUUUGGAAGGAGGAAUUUUAAUUCCUGAUGACUGUAUUGCAGACUCUAAAAAUAUCGCACUGGCAUUAGCAGACCAAGCAAAGAAAAAUGGAGUGACAUUUAUCGAAAAUUGUCGUGUCUCUAAAGUAUUAGUUGAUAAAAAAAAGGAAUGUGUAGAAGGAGUUGUAACAGAUAAAGGAACUAUAAAUUGUACUUAUUUUGUAAAUUGUGCAGGCCUAUGGGCUAGACAAUUGGGACAGUUGUGUGAAAUUCCUGUAAAAGUUCCUAUUUGCACUGUAGCUAACCAUGUUCUUGUUUCCAAAUUUGAUAAAAGUAAAAAAUUUGAUACACCAAUUAUAAGAGAUCUUGACGGAAGGAUAUACUUUAGAGAAAGUUUUGGAAAAAUAUAUUCAGGAGGUUACGAAAAAGAAGCAAAACCGGCAUUUAACGACAGUACUCUUCCAGAAUCUCCAUCGGAUAGAAGUCUUUAUGCUGAUUGGGAUCACUUUCGUGUCCUUUUAAAAGAGAUGUUACACAGAAUUCCAUCUUUAAAAGAUGCAACGUUUGAAAGGUUGACAAAUAUUCCAGAGGCGUAUUCAUAUGAUGGAUUAUGGAUUCUCGGAGAAAGUACAGAGGUGAGAAACUUUUUUGUGGCAGCUGGAACAAAAACGGAUGGUAUUUCAUCUUUUGGUGGGGUUGGGCAAGUUAUUUCUGAGCUGAUUACAAAAGGAUUUGCCAGUCAAGACUUUCACAAUUUGGAUAUUAACAGAUUCUUAGGCUUGCACAACAAUCGUAGAUUCUUAAGAGAUCGUGCCAUGGAGGUACCUGGUCGCCAUUACGCAAUCAGUUAUCCGUAUUUUGGAGAGUUUAAAACAGGAAGAAACAUACGGAUGUCACCAAUCUUUCCAAUGCUCAAAUCAGAAGGUGCUGUUUUUGGCCAAACGAUGGGGUACGAACGGCCGUUUUAUUUUGAUAAAGAAAACAUAACAGAUACCACCAGGUUAAUGAUGGAUACAAAGACAUUUUCAAAACCAGCGUAUUUCGAUAAUGUAGCAAAAGAAUACGAAUGCUGCCGUGAGCGUGUUGCUCUAUUAGAUUACAGUUCAUUCACUAAAAUUGAUAUAUGGGGAAAUGAUGUUGUUCAAACUCUCCAAUACCUUUGCAGCAACGAUGUCGAUGUCCCUGUGGGCUCUAUUAUACAUACUGGUAUGCAAAAUCCUUAUGGUGGAUAUGAAAAUGAUUGUUCAUUAGCAAGAAUAUCUGAAAACUAUUAUAUGAUGAUAGCUCCAACGAUACAGCAACAAAGAUGCAAGAAUUGGUUGAAAAAACAUAUAUCUAGUGACGCUCGUGUCAAUUUUAGUGACGUAACGUCAAAGUAUACUGCUAUAUGUAUAAUGGGACCUUUUUCAAGAAACUUGUUGUCUGAAGUUACCGAUUGUGAUAUUUCGAGUCAAAACUUUCCUUUCUUUAGUUAUCGCGAAAUUGAUAUUGGUUUAGCAAAUGGUAUAAGAGCUCUUAACUUAACACACACAGGAGAAAUUGGUUAUGUAUGCUAUAUACCCAACGAAUUUGCUCUCCAUGUUUAUAGUACUUUACUUGAGGCGGGAAAAAAAUAUGACGUUGGUUUGAGUGGUUACCUUGCUAUGAGAUCUUUGCGUGUAGAAAAGUUUUAUGCAUUUUGGGGACAAGAUUUGGACACUUUUACAACGCCUUUAGAAUGUGGAAGAUCUUGGAGAGUCAAAUUUAACAAAGGCGAUUUCAUUGGUCGCGAUGCUCUUUUGAAGCAAAAAGCAGAAGGAAUAAAACGAGCCUAUGUUCAAUUAAUUUUGACUGACCAUGACGCUGAUUUGGAUGUUUGGACGUCUAAUAAUGGUGGAGAGCCUAUUUAUCGCGAUGGAAAAAUUACGGGUUAUACAACUACAUCAUCGUAUGGAUUUACUUUCAAAACACAAUGCUGUUUAGGAUUUGUCGAAAAUACUGAAAAUGGACAUUGUUUACCAGUAACCACUGAUUUUAUUACUAGUGGAGACUAUGAGGUAGAAGUUGCAGGAAUCCGAUAUUCGGCAAAAGUAAAUCUUCACUCCCCAAAUUUACCUACCAAAGCCGAUAUUCCGACCGAUAGAGAUCGAGAAGCCUACCAAGCCACUAGAGAUAAGGUAGAUGAUUCAUACUUUCUGUAAAUGUAAAUGAAUCUAUAAUGUUACAAUAUGGUAUGCGAUAUGCAUUGAAUUAAACAAAUAAAUAAAUAUUUGCUUUGAAAACUCGAAAGAAUGUUUAAAAACUUGGUUUUGUUUGGCAGUCUCUCUCUAGGUACUCUCCAAAUAUUCUAAGGCCUUCAAACUUUUUCUCAACGGCU